AAAACCGAAUUCCGUAGCUAGCAGUCUUACCUGAUCCAACCCAACCCAAUUCCCAACCAUAGCCAUCGAAUUCAAGCUCCCUCACACACACACGGUAACAUCUCCUCAACCUAGCGGCGUGAAGAAGACAACACUCUCUCUAGGCAUUCACUAAAUUGUUGGUUUUAGCUGUGGAAGAUUAGACAAUGGAAAUAGAUAGAUUAGAUGGCCGUAAAGCAAACCAGUUGAGACCCCUUGCUUGUUCCCGCAAUAUCCUCAACCGUGCUCAUGGCUCUGCCAGUUGGACUCAAGGGGAUACCAAAGUUCUUGUUGCAGUGUAUGGACCAAAAGCCGGAACAAAGAAGAAUGAAAACCCUGAGAAGGCUUGCAUUGAAGUUAUUUGGAAGCCUAAGUCAGGGCAGAUUGGAAAAUUGGAAAGGGAGUAUGAAAUGAUAGUGAAGAGGACCUUGCAAAGCAUUUGCAUUUUGAAUAUCAAUCCAAAUACCACAACAUCAGUUAUAGUUCAGGUUAUCAAUGAUGAUGGGGCUCUUCUCCCAUGUGCCAUCAAUGCAGCAUGUGCUGCUCUUGUAGAUGCUGGAAUUCCACUGAAGCAUCUUGCUGUUGCAAUCUGUUGUUGUUUGGCAGAUAGUGGAUACAUCAUACUGGACCCCACCAAGCUAGAAGAGCAGCGUAUGAAAGCAUAUGCAUAUUUGGUCUUUCCAAACUCGAUUCUCUCAGUUCGCCCAGAGGGAUCAUUAAAGGUACAAGGUGAACCAAUGGAACAUGGGGUUAUAACAUCUGGUACCCAGGGUGCAAUGUCAGUGGAUGAUUAUCUUAACUGUCUUGAACGAGGGCGUGCUGCUACUGCUAAGAUGUCUACUGUGCUUAGAAGGAACUUGCAACCACAAAUUGCCGGUGACUUAAGUAAAGCUGGUUGAUUUUGAAUGUUACUGUAAGUAGUUUUUACUUUUAUAGAGGUCAGGCCUUGUGUGAUAGCAAACACCAUUCACCCAAAGUGACAUGUCGGGGAUUCGAGCCUAGCAAUCACCCUCUCCAAAAAAAAAAGGGGGGGGGGGGGGGGGGUGUGGUAUAAGUUUCCUACCCAUUGCCUCUCCGAAACUUGGGAGUUUUGUACAACAUUUAUGGGAAGUAGUACAAUCCCAUUGGUUGAAGUGUUACUGGUGCCAUUUUUUAAGCUUACUCUCGCUAAAUUUGGGCUGAUGAAAAUAUACCUUUGGUCUAGUACUAUUAACGCCAUUACAUGUUGUAGUAUAAUACUUUAUGUGAAGAAUUAAUCUGGCCCAGCUUAUUUGCUA